CCACACUGGCCUCCAGUCAAAGCUGCUCACUCUGGAGAAAGAAGGCCGGGUCCAGGGGCUCCGGGGUUCUGAGUGCUUCUCUUUCCUCAUCCAGCCCAAAGGACGAUUUUCCCACACUCCCUGGGGACCAGGAAGCUCCCGCCCACAUUGAUCCUGUGCAUGACAAAUACUUAGGCUGGAUCUGAUUGCUUCUGCUCCAACCUGUUCCAAGCCACCCAUAGGCACUGCUUGACUCAGGAGGAAGGGAGAGGCCUUCUCCUCAGGGCGAGGCCAGGCCGGCGCCGCCCGCCUCCUGCCCCGUGACUCAGCGCCCUCGCCCAGCACAGCAGGACUUUUGCCCCGUGCCCGCUCCGCUGGUCUCCUGGUCACAUCCCGCCAGGGGCUCCCGCAGCGCCUGUCCGGGAUGCAGGGAGCCAGGGCCCCCAAGGCCCACGGCCAGUCCUUGGAUGCGAUGGGCACUCUGGGGCGGCCCUGGGUCAUCCUGCUCACCUAUGUGCUGACCGCCAUGGAGCUCUCCUGCCUCUUCCUGCAGUUCUCCAUCAUCCCGUACCUGUCUCGGAGCCUUGGCCUGGAUUCUGUCGCCUUUGGCUACCAGCAGACGAUCUUCGGUGUGCUUCAGCUGCUGGGUGGGCCGCUGUUCGGCAGGUUUGCAGACCAGCGUGGGGCGCGGGCCGCGCUCACGCUCUCCUUCAUGGCGGCCUCGGCACUCUACCUGCUCCUGGCAGCCGCCUGCAGCCCAGGUCUGCCCGGCGUGGCUUUGCUUUUUGCCUCCCGCCUGCCCGCCGUGCUCAUGCACACACUGCCAGCCGCCCAGAUGAUCAUCACGGACCUGUCUGCGCCCGAGGAGCGGCCCGCGGCCCUGAGCCGACUCGGCCUGUGCUUCGGCGUCGGCAGCAUCAUCGGCUCCCUGCUCGGCGGGACCCUGAGCGCUGCAUACGGCAUUCAGUGUCCAGCCUUAGUGGCUCUUGGCAUCAACCUCCUGGGAACCGUCCUCAGCUUCACCUGCAUCCCUGCUAACACCAAGGGGGCCGGCGCCCGUGCCCAGGCUGCCCCGCCAGGCAGCUCCAGGGCCAGCGUGUUCGACCUGAAGGCCAUCAUCCGCCUGCUGCUGCAGCCUGGCGUCCUGCCCGUGUUCCUGGUCAAGGUGGUCUCCGGCUUCCCCUCAGGUCUCUUCAUGGUCAUGUUCUCCAUCAUCUGCAUGGACUUCUUCCAGCUGGAGGCCGCCCAGUCCGGCUACCUCAUGUCCUUCUUCGGGGUUCUCCAGAUGGUCAUCCAGGGCCUGGUCAUCGGGCGGUUGAGCCGCCACUUCUCGGAGGCCGCGCUGCUCCGGGCCAGCGUGCUGGUCUUCAUGGUGGUGGGGCUGGCCAUGGUGCUGAUGUCCAACAUCUUCCACUUCUGCCUGCUGAUGCCCGGCCUGGUCUUCAGCCUGUGUGCCCUCAAUGUGGUCACCGACAGCAUGCUGACCAAGGCUGUCUCGGCCUCCGACACGGGGACCAUGCUGGGCCUCUGCGCCUCUGUGCACCCACUGACUCGGACCCUGGGGCCCACCCUGGGCGGCCUCCUGUACCGCAGCUUCGGCGUCCCUAUCUUUGGCCACGUGCAGUUCACUGUCAACUUCCUUGUCCUCCUUUUCCUCUGGAGGCAGCCUAUGCUUCAGAAGAUGGACAAAGUCCGGUGACCACAGCCCCUGGGGCGCAGACUGGCAAUAAACUCAUUUGGGACCUC